AAAGCAUACAUCUGACCCUAGUUUGUAUCCAUAAAUGAUUAAGGUAUUAGACAAAACUGACACCAACUCCAUCAGUGAUUAAGUGCUAAAUAUUGUUUCAGACCCCCACAGUAAAAGUUCUACCAGAUCACCAUAUAAUCUAAGAAAAAAAACACAACAUAAUAUUUAUCAUGAAGAAUUACUAUGUAAUCCACUUUAUAUACAGAUAUCACUGGGGCAUUACUAAAUAAGUGGACUUAACAAUAUUGGCCAACAAAAUAGUAAUUGCUCCAGUAACUAUUCAGAAUUCUGCAUCUCUAAAAGUCAAAACCCCAAGCUUUUAUAAGUUCAGAUAAGAACAUCCAGUGAACAAAUAAUGGAACAAUAAUCUAUGAAUAAAGUGUCACCUAGAAACUUUUUUAUACAUAACCGUUUUAUGAGUGAACAAAAAUCAUUACUCGAAAACUUUUCAUGAAAAUGAUUACAUGGAGUACACUACAAUUAUACAUAAUGGACCAAGACUAAAAUUAAAUGACUAUUUCUGUAUAUCUUAAUAGAUUACAAGAUUUCGUUGAGCAUGCAGUCUGUCCAGGAGGCAUAGUAUCAUUGAGAAGAUGCCAGUCUACCGACGACCACAAUAGAAGCAGAACUGAACGUCAGCGUCGUCUUUAGUCAAAGCUUUUCACAUCCUGAUCAUUUUCGUAGAUUCCGAGGACACAGAUUUAUAAGAGCAUACAUUUAAUAUCAAUACUAUUGAUCUAACAUAUUUUUAAGAAACUCACAGGUAUCGAAAGAAAAGUUCGGUUUUAAUGAAACGUAGAAAGUACAACAGUGGAGGCUUGAGAUGGCGCUACAUACCCAGCCGCGCGCUCCGGUCUCCGCGCGCGCUCUCGUCACCGGCGCUCAGUGAUUUAUCGGCAGAGCCGGAAACGGCAGAUAACAGGAGCGGGGACUCUAACGCCGAGUGGAAGGGGCCCGGUUUGGCAGAGCCGGCAUUAAAAAAGAGGGAAGAAAGGAAGGAAGACAAAAGGAAACCUAAUUUGUGGACGGCAGUCGGAUUUAUUAUUUCUCAAGCUUGCAGAGAAGCGCGUGGAGAGCUCUCUUUUUUUCGGUUGAGGAUAAAUUUGGGAAAGUUAAAGGUCCCCCUGUCACCCUUUCGGCUCUCUCGGGCUCUUCCAGGCUAGUGUGGUGACGCGGCUUGAAGAUCCUCGACGACGGCCACUCACACCGAAGCAAAUACCAUAUGGAUAUUUAACUUUGCUUAUUUUCCCACACGGCUUUCUCCUGAACGCGAAGGCUGGAUUUACUUUCUUUUUACGUUUUCUUUUCAGGAUUUUCAUCGAUGGUCGUUCGGUAGUCUCUUGGCUAGCUGCUAGCAGUUACUUUUUAUCCCAGGCUUUAGCUAGCCGUCGUUAGCUCCAGCUAGAUAUGAGCGCCGCUGUUAGCUAGCUUGCUUCCCAUCUGUUUUUCCUUUGCCUAGACUGAGUGUAGUUUUUCCAAGGUUUUCAUUUUAACUCACUGCCUCCUGGGCAGGUAAAGUGAGUCGAAGCUUGGGACCAUGUCUAUCGCGUCGUAAUGCUUAAAAAAACGCAACAGGAGUUUUCCUUUAAAAAUAUUUAAAAUGUUUAGCUAUAAUCGCUAGCUAGCAGGCAAUACUGCAAAACCCGAAAAGUGCCGGAAAAUUAUCGCUGUGUUACUUCUAAGGCCUUUGGGAUCUUUUGCUGUCUGUUCGCUUGGAUAAUUUUAAAACUCAUUUUAAGCAUUUUUUUUUUAAGGAAAAACUUCUUCUUUUCCUUGCUUAAUUUUAAGGCACAUGCUCGCUCUUAAAACUUUUAUGAUUAUUUUUCUAGCUGCAAGCUAGUUUAUUACUAAGGGAAGGAAACGUGAUUAAAGAACUAUUCUGAAAGUUAACCCAAAACAAAAGAAAGUGGACCUGACAAAGACCCCUCAUCUCUGCUGGCAAGAUGAUGUGCGAGGUGAUGCCCACAAUCAGCGAGGCAGAGAUCCCACCGGGGGGUGGUGGCAGCUGUGGUUCAGGCUCUCCACUGCAGUCAGACUCUGAUGGACACUUUGAGUCUCUCAUGGUGUCAAUGCUGGAGGAGCGGGACCGGCUGCUGGAGACGCUGCGUGAGAGCCAGGAGAACCUUGGGCUGACUCAAAGCAAGCUGCAUGAGGUCAGCCAUGAGCGUGAUGCACUACAGAGGCAGCUCAAUACGGCUCUGCCCCAGGAGUUUGCAGCACUUACUAAGGAAGUGAACAUGUGCAGAGAGCAGCUGCUGGAGCGGGAAGAGGAGAUCUCUGAGCUGAAGGCUGAGAGGAACAACACGCGGCUGCUGCUGGAGCACUUGGAGUGCCUGGUCUCCAGGCAUGAGCGCUCCCUGCGGAUGACCGUGGUGAAGAGGCAGGCUCAGUCUCCAGCUGGUGUGUCCAGUGAGGUGGAAGUGCUCAAGGCCCUUAAGUCUUUAUUCGAGCACCACAAAGCGCUGGAUGAGAAGGUGAGGGAGAGGCUGCGAGUUGCCCUAGAGCGGUGCAGCGCCUUGGAAGAGCAACUGACAUCAUCUAACAAGGAGUUGGCCUUUUUUCGAGAACAAAACAGCCAGAAGAAAGCAGUGAUAGGCGGAGGGGUUGAAGUCAACCAUGAUGCCGAGAAUGUUCCCAGCACGAACGGCAAGAGGUCGUCAGAUGGGUCUCUGAACCAUGAGGAGGACCUCUCUAAGGUUGUGGAGCUGCAGGAGGUCAUUGAUCGGCAGAACAAAGACCUUGGGCAGAUGAAGGAGCGCCUGUCAACACUCUCGAGCCGGGUGGCAGAACUGGAGGAUGACUUGGACACUGCCCGCAAGGACCUCAUCAAGUCAGAGGACAUGAACACCAGACUGCAGAGAGACCUUCGGGAGUCCAUGGCGCAGAAGGAGGACAUGGAGGAGAGAAUCACAACUCUAGAGAAACGCUACCUUGCCGCUCAGCGUGAAGCUACAUCUGUACAUGACCUCAAUGACAAACUGGAAAACGAAAUUGCCAACAAGGAGUCCGUCUUUCGCCAGUCAGAAGAUAGGAACCGGCAGCUGCAGGAAAGGCUUGAGCUAGCAGAGCAGAAGCUGCAGCAGACCAUAAGGAAGGCGGAGACCUUGCCAGAGGUGGAGGCGGAGCUGGCUCAGAGGGUGGCCGCGCUCUCGAAGCCUCUCCAAUCUGUGUGUGCUGACUCUGGCCUUAAGGAAGCUAAGUUGCAGAGGAAGGCUGAGGAGCGGCAUGGAAACAUCGAGGAGCGACUCAGGCAGAUGGAGGCCCAGCUGGAGGAGAAGAACCAGGAAUUGCUGAGGGCCCGUCAGAGAGAGAAGAUGAAUGAGGAGCACAACAAGCGCCUGUCUGAAACAGUGGACAGGCUGCUGUCGGAGUCUAAUGAGAGGCUACAGCUCCAUCUAAAGGAAAGAAUGUCUGCUCUGGAAGACAAGAAUGCACUCAUUCGAGAUCUGGAGCAUACAAAGAAGCUGAUUGAAGAGGCUCACCGUGAGAAGGAGCAGCUUCUUAUCGAGAUAGAGACCAUGAGAGCAGAGAAUGAACAGGGACGCAGCCGGAGCAACUCCAUGCUGCAUCAUGGCCGCUCCCACCUGGUCAGCACCCCGGACUUCAGGUACCCGGUGUCUGCCUCCUCCAUGAUGGACAGCCACUCUGAGCACUAUAGCGGUGCGCUGGUGCUGAGGCGGCCGCAGAAGGGCCGGGUAGCCGCUCUCCGGGAUGAGCCCUCCAAGGUCCAGACGCUGAACGAGCAGGAGUGGGAGCGCGUGCAGCAGGCCAACGUGCUGGCCAAUGUGGCACAUGCCUUUGAGAGCGACAUGGACGUGUCUGACGUAGAGGACGAUCGUGAGACCAUCUUCAGCUCUGUGGACCUGUUGUCUCCUGCUGGCCAGGCUGAUGCCCAAACCCUGGCUCUCAUGCUGCAGGAACAGCUGGACGCCAUCAACAAUGAAAUCAGGAUGAUCCAGGAGGAGAAGGAGAGCACCACACAGCGGGCAGAGGAGAUUGAGAGCCGUGUCGGCAGCGGCGACAACUUGGGAGGGCGAUUUCGCUCACUCAGCUCCCUCCAUCCAUCCUUUGCGGGGUCCUCUCAGGCUGGAUCCUCACCCCCGGGGUCUGGCCACUCCACCCCAUGCCGUAUGCCUCGCAGCCCCAACCGGGAGGUCGACCGAAUGGGCGUCAUGACCCUGCACUCCUGCUAUGAUCCGUAUGUUACUGAGACCUCCCUCUCACAUCAGACUGUAGCUUACCUGCAGUAUUCCUCCGCUAGCUCCGCCCCUCCAUAUAGCUAUGCACCGUGCUACAUCAAGUCUUCACAGGAUGACAAAGCUACAAUAAAAUGUGAGACCUCUCCUCCUUCAACCCCCCGGUCCAUUCGUCUCCAUGGAGGGAGCAUUCAUGCAGCCAGUCAUGAAGACCUCAGGGAUAUCAGAAGCACUCCCAGCCUCGCCGACGGCCAGGGCAGUAAUCCCAGUAGCAGCAACAGCAGCCAGGACUCUCUGAACAAGGCUACCAAGAAGAAGAGCAUCAAGUCAUCCAUCGGGAGGCUUUUUGGAAAAAAGGAGAAGGGCAGACCAGGCGCCCUUGGCAAAGAUGGCUCCAGCCAAGCAGGUACACCUGACGCUGAAAACUCGCCAUCAGAUGCCUUAGGCCUUGGCAAGCUGGGCAGCCAGGGGGAGAAGAACAGGAAGCUGCAGAAAAAUCCAAAAACUGGGCAUGAGCUGCUGGAAGAGGCGCGCAGACAAGGUCUGCCGUUUGCCCAGUGGGACGGCCCUACAGUGGUGGUCUGGCUGGAGCUGUGGGUGGGAAUGCCCGCCUGGUACGUGGCCGCCUGCCGUGCCAACGUGAAGAGUGGCGCCAUCAUGUCGGCGCUAUCGGACACAGAGAUCCAGCGUGAGAUCGGCAUCAGCAACCCACUGCACCGGCUCAAGCUGCGGCUGGCCAUCCAGGAGAUCAUGUCCCUGACCAGCCCAUCGGCGCCCCCUACCUCCCGCACGCCCACGGGCAAUAUAUGGGUCACGCACGAAGAGAUGGAGAGCCUCGCGGCCACGCCACAGACGGAGGAUGAGGAGGGCAGCUGGGCCCAGACCUUGGCGUACGGGGACAUGAACCAUGAGUGGAUUGGCAACGAGUGGCUGCCCAGCCUGGGCCUGCCGCAGUACCGCAGCUAUUUCAUGGAGUGCCUGGUGGACGCACGCAUGCUGGACCACCUCACCAAGAAGGACCUGCGCGGCCAGCUCAAAAUGGUGGAUAGCUUUCACAGAAAUAGCUUCCAGUGUGGCGUCAUGUGUUUGCGGCGGCUGAAUUACGACAGGAAAGAACUGGAGAGAAGGCGGGAGGACUCCCAAACGGAGGUUAAAGAUGUCCUGGUGUGGACCAACGACCGGGUCAUUAACUGGAUUGAGUCCAUCGGGCUGAAGGAGUAUGCAAAUAACCUGCUGGAGAGCGGAGUACAUGGAGCCCUGUUUGCCUUAGAGGAGACCUUCGACCACAAUGCGCUGGCUCUGCUGCUGCAGAUCCCCACGCAGAACACGCAGGCAAGAGCUCUUCUGGACAGAGAAUACAACAACCUUUUGGUCCUGGGUACUGAACGAAGACUAGAUGAGGAUGAUGACAAGAACUUCAGGCGGGCACCUUCCUGGAGGAAGAAAUUUAGACCCAAAGAUGUUCGGGGGAUGUCAGUAGGAUCAGCUGAAACGCUCCCAGCCAACUUCAGGGUCACCAAUACUAUGUCUUCACCAUCUAUGCAGCCAAAAAAGAUGCCGAUGGACGUUUAUCCACAUUAUUUCUAUAGGUAAUUAUGCAGCACAAAUCCAGUUGAAGUCAAUGUUCACAGAAUCAGGAAGGAACCAUCAACGUUAUGAGGACUUUUAAAUAUUUUAUUACAGAGUAUAAUUAUCAAUUACUGCAAAUCUCUUGGACUACGCUAGAGAAAAUAGUUUAUAUUUAUGUAAACCGAUGGGACAUUUCAUGUAAUUUUAUUUGCUUUUUUCUUUCAGAUUCUUUUAGCCUUAAAUGUAAACUACUUCUGAUAUAACUGAAUGUAUCAUAAAUCUGAAUAAUGUAUAUGUACCUACAGAUCUUAUCUAUUCUUUAUUUCUGAUUCUGUAUUUUACAAUGUCCUUGAUUAAACCAUGAAAUUUAA